UAUUGUGAUAUAGCUAUUCCAUCUCUCCUUUAGAGUCCAUAUUGGAGAAAUAAGGAGCGUUAAUCCCUGUUUAGUGUUUCUCAGUUUCGCCGCGUGAGACCUCUAAAGUCGAUUGAGUCUUGAAUUUGACAACAAUUGACUGUUCUUGUUUGUUUUGAGAAUUAUUGUAUGAAAAGUGGGUCAAGAUGACAAAAAGGUGCAUCAUAUGUAGAAAAGAAGCAUCGCGAGGUUAUACGUUUAGCUGCAGUUUUCAUACGUUUCCGAAAGAUGAAAUAAGACGGAAAAAGUGGAUAGAAGCAUUAAACUUAUCAGAUGUUUCAUUCCUCAGUACUAAAAUUAUAUGCAGCGAUCAUUUUGAUAGAAAAUCAUUUUAUUAUUCCGAUGAAUUAAGAAGAAGACAACGACUACGUCCAGAAGCUGUUCCUCAAAUAAGAAAUUUUAAUGAGUCUAUUUUAGCUCAAAGUAACCAUUGCAGACUAUCAUUAACCUCUCUUAGUAAUCUUGAAAAUAUAAAUUAUAAAUCACAAGAGCCAGAUGUAAUGUUAAAUGAAAAUUGUGGUAAUGAAGAAACUGAUGUUGAUAUUGAAAUAGAAACUGAAAUAAGUAUUAAAGAAGAAUCUGUAACAAGUACAGAAAAUUCUGUUGAUGAAUGUUCUUCAUCUGCGAUCAUGAUUGAUAUUUCUAAUCAAAGUAAUAAUGCUGUACCUGAACAGCAUUUUUUGACUGAAAAUGCAAGUAACAAAAGUGUGAAUAGUGAUUUAAUUAGGAAUGAAAGGAAGUUCUUAUUCCCCAGUGACAAACAACCGCAACAAGUUCGUUUUAAGGAUGGUUAUGAAACAAAAUAUAUGUUUCGACAGGAUUUUGUUUCCAAUGAAGCUUGGGAUCGAUUUCUGCGAUUGAUGACUUAUGAACGAUCGAAACUAGCAAUAGCUCAUAACAAGAAUUCACGUAAAGAGAAGGAAGUAAGAAGUUUGAAAUUGUUGAUAAAAGAGUUGGAGAAAAUUAUUAGUAAUAUAAGUCCUGUAAGAAAUCUAGAAAUGAAUGCUACCGAAAUUUGAAAACAAAGAAAUAUUUCUUAACAAUAUUGAUAUAAACUCUACUACUCAAUGCAAGUCAGUCAGUCAGUUACAGUGAUUUUGUUAGUACAAAGUUCAGAAAUUUUAUUAUUUCUUUAAAAAUCGUAUUUAGUCUUAUUAAUCAUGUAAUACAGAAUAAUUUAUUGCAGAAUACUGCUAACCCACAAAUGAUCACAAAAUCAUAUUAAAACGUUUUAUUUAUUAGUAAGAAAAACGAAUGAACAUUAUAAUAAUCCGAUCAUUACUCAAUAUAAGACUGCAUAUAAAAAUUAUUACUUAAGAAAAUAAGUAUUAUGAUUUAUAUUAUGAUUUUGAAGUAUUACUUAUUCUGAAUCAUUAAAUUCAUAAUUGGUUGUAUUGCUCAUGUACUAAAAAGUAAAAUCUACUAUAAAGUAUUAGAACAUAUUGGAUAGAGAUAAUAAUAAUUUCAAAUCAAAAUUAAUAAUUAAUCGUGGUGUUGUUAGUUUGUGAUUUGUGAUUUAUACAGUAAAUGUCAUAUUUGUUUAUGAUAUUAAUAGUACGUAUAUUAAUUACAGAAGUAUAAAUUGUAUCAAUUAUAAUUCUAAAUGUUAAUAAACAUUGUGUCGUGUAAUAGCCUUCUAUGGAUCAUAGCAAUAAGUUUAUUUUACUUAAUGUACAGAGAUAUAUUGAUAUCAGUUUAAAAUAUCGUAAUAUUGUAAAAAAUCAGUGCAUGAGAAUAAGGAUGCAAAA